AGGUAAAGGAGGCAAAGGCCUGGGAAAAGGCGGAGCGAAGCGGCACCGCAAAGUGCUCCGUGAUAACAUCCAGGGCAUCACCAAACCAGCCAUCCGGCGCCUGGCUCGCCGUGGCGGGGUCAAGCGCAUCUCGGGCUUGAUCUACGAGGAGACCCGCGGGGUGCUGAAGGUUUUCCUGGAGAAUGUGAUCAGGGAUGCGGUCACCUACACUGAGCACGCCAAGCGCAAGACGGUCACCGCCAUGGAUGUGGUGUACGCUCUGAAACGCCAGGGCCGCACUCUCUAUGGAUUCGGCGGCUGAACAUAAAGCGACCCUUUUCGAACGAACCCAAAGGCUCUUUUCAGAGCCACCCAAACCCUCCGACAGAGAGCGGAGACCUGAAGAAGGGGAAGGUAGUACACAAUGAGGGGAUUGUUCCACUCGCCGGUUAUUUCGCGUUUCUUGCGACUCACAAUUAUUUCAGUUUCGAAAAUGUACUAAUGCCGUGUUCUGAGGUACGGCAGAGAACAUUAGGAGUGGACGGUUCACUUUGUUGCUGUUUACCGUGGCGAAUGAUUUUAACAUUGCAAGUAUUCCUACAGGGUAGAUAAGAGGCUAUUCGGCCAAACGAGUCUCUACUUGUGCAACCUGAUUAUUCCAUAUAAAGAAUCGCAUCGUAACUUGUAAUUGUAAGAUAUAGCAGCAGCAUUAGGCCAUUCUGCCCAUCCAGCUUGUUCUCCCUUUCGGACAUGGCUGAUCUUUCUCUUUUUUUUCAUGACCACAUGUCCAUCUCAGUAAUUAUAUCAAUGUGUACUUGGCUGUCCAUGCCAUAAGUAAUAAUUUGAUUUUAUUUAUUGUGGAACCCAGACGUUAAUGUUACUUAUUACAGUAUUUAUAUUUCCCAGGCAUAACACUCCGGGAGCCUGCGGAUGUGUUUAUGUGGCGCGUUCUUUCCAUUUGCCCGUUUAGGCAGCGAUUACAAAUUGUCUUCGGACAAGUAAUAGUCUGGAUGAAAUAAAAAUUACCGA